AUGGCAACGACAAAGGCCUUGCACCUAACUAGGUGUACCCUUUAUGUGGCGCCCCCCCAGCAACUGGCCAAUAAUAGGCACACACAUGGCAGUAGGUUCCGCGGGCGCCAUGUGGACAGACUGAGGCUCCUGGACGAAUCAGUUAAAGACAACGAGCACAUAAUCAAGUUAACGGACAACGCCCAAAAGAAAAUCAAACAAUUGGCAGCAGAAACGGAGGGAGAAAGCCUAAUACUAAAGCUGUCUGUGAAAAAUGGAGGCUGCAAAGGGUUGCAGUACAAAUUGAACCCCAUCAGGAAGGACGAAAUCGAGGCAGAUGACUAUGUGCAGCAGUUCGAAGAAUUGAAGUUCAUUUUGUCCAUUGACGCCACUAGCGUUAUUUACAUUUACAACAAUAUAUUGGAUUACAGCUACGAUUUAAUCAAUGGUGGAUUUAAGUACGUUUCUGCUGUAGCGUUUAUAAAUCCAAAUGCCACUAAAAAGUGCGGCUGCGGGAAGUCAUUCAAUGUUUAG